CUUUUCAGCAGAACUGGAUGGUGACAUUUGGAAAACUAAAUUAACCAACCUUCCUAAUAUAUAUUUUUGAUUAUUUUCUCUGACAAAGAUUUUAAUGUUUUGAGUUAAUCUGCCCUAUGUAUUUUGUAUUACUACAGACUUACACCCAGCUCACUCCUGUGGUUGACAUUUUUUUUCUGAUAAAUUUUAAUGUCAUCAGUCAAUCAUGCUCAUCACAAAUUUCUGAAUUUUAAUAUCUGAGCAACUAAUUAAGCAACUAUGUUUGGAUGUUACAAAAGGUUUAUAUUAUAGCAGCAACAGGUUACUAUCCUUAGUGGCAAUUUCUGAAACAUUGAAACCUGCCCUGGGAUUGUAAAUUUUACUGCUAAACUGAUAACCUUUCACUGCUAAAUUAGUAACUCUUACACCACUAAACUAUAACUAUCACCUCAAAUUUACUAACCCAACUUACCCAAAAAUAACACAGUAUCUUAGCCCCAUCUGUUGCAGUGGCUCAGCAAGGGUCGGCUUGGGUCACUCAGAGGCACAAUGGCAUCAGGUUUCUUGUAAACAUGUAUACUCUCCCAUGGAAAAACUGACAAUUUAUAAAAAUAAUGCCAGUUCAAGAUAGGUGAAGUGCCCAAAACCAGCUAUGUAUUUGCAGGCCUAGAUCUGAACCCUGCCCUGGACUGUUGGCACCCAGCUCACCCAUUUUAUUCCCGUUGGGCUGGUGAAUAAAUUGGUGCCUGGGAAAUCCUGUGGUGACUCGGAUGUCAUAUAUGCUCUGUGUACUGGUGUGAUGGGUUCUCACCCGCCACAGGCUCGAAGGCCAUGCACAACUUAGCCUGUGCCCCCAACUUUCCCUAUCAUCCCUAUCAUACGAGAUGUGGAUCUUUGGAUAUGGGUCCCUGACAUGGAAAGUAGACUUUCCAUACACACAGCGGGUGGUGGGCUACAUCAAGGGCUAUGUCCGGAGAUUCUGGCAUGCCAGCAUAGACCACCGAGGAGUCCCAGGCAAGCCUGGUCGAGUGGUGACCCUGGUGGCUUCUGAGGACCCAGAGGCGCGGGUGUGGGGAGCCGCCUAUGAGAUCUCUCCUGAGCAGGAGCCAGAAGCACUAGGGAAGCUCAAUGUGAGGGAGCGGCUUGCUGACAACCGCCAUGAAGUAACUGUGUACGAUGUCAAAGGCCAGAAGGUGCACCACCCAGUACUGGUCUAUGUGAGCAGCUUAAAUAAAGAGAUGAUCUUGGGGGAAGCUCCCCUGGACGCCAUGGCCAACCAGAUAGCUGAGCGCAGGGGACCAUCAGGUCCAAACUAUGAGUACCUUUUCCAACUGGCUAGCUUCAUGAGGGAGGAGGUGCCACAGGCUGAAGAUGAACACCUCUUCCAGCUUGAGGAGGCUGUGAAGAAGAUUCUAGAGGAGAACAGUGAAACAAAGUACUCUGUCCAUGAGGGUGCCCAAGACAGAGUGUCAAACAGUUCCUUUUCUUGACAUGUACUUCCAUUGUCAGUAUUUUUCUUCCUCUAAAGGAGCUUUCGCACCAAAGCUGCAGGAGGCAAGUAACAUGUGACAUGGUAGUUUCAGAAAGAAGUGACAAGUGACUUGUGGUGUAUGUAUGGUUUUCCUGCUCAGUUGACAAGGUGUCAUCAUCGGAUUAUUGCCCUAAUCAUUGUUGUAAACGAUAGGAAAAAUAUAAAAAGAGGUGAUAGGUACAUUCAAAGUUAUCCCAAACUCUAUGACCUUCCCCAGAGUGGCGUCCAAGUAGCACGUGGCACUCAAAACAUGUUAUGUCACUUCUUUGUUAACCCUCACAGCGUCGGCGUCGUACAUGUACGACACAGGCUGAGUCA